AUGACCAAUCAAGUCCGCACAAUCAACCCUGCCACCCACGAGGUCGUUUUCGACCACCCGGGCACCUCCUUCGCCGAAGCAGCCAAGAUCGCCACCGCCUCGAAGCAAGCCUUUGAAUCAUACCGCACCACUACCCUCAAUGAGAGAAAGAAGAUUGUCGCUCGUGCGCUAGAGAUUAUUUCCUCCAAGAUCGAUGUUCUGGCCAAGGAAGUCACCACACAAAUGGGCCGACCCAUUCGGUACUGCGCCGGCGAAAUCAAGACUGCCAUCCUUCGCUCGGAACACAUGAUCGAUAUUGCGGAACAAAGCCUGGCUGAUCUCCCGGGCAAGCCAGAGGCGAACUUCAAGCGCAUGGUCAAGCAUGUACCUGUGGGCCCAGUUCUUAUUGCUGGUGCUUGGAACUACCCAUACCUCACUACUGUCAACGCUUUGGUGCCUGCCCUUCUGGCCGGCAACUCGGUUAUCCUGCGCCCAUCGCCCCAGGUGCCUCUGUUCGGCAACCGUCUUCUUGAGAUCUUCACCGAGGCCGGUUUGCCGCAAAACGUUCUCCAGGUCAUUCAUAUUGGUAGCUUGGAUGUCCUCGACCAGGUCGCUCAGCUUCCUGAGAUUCAGUCCGUCUCUUUCACCGGAUCUACUGCUGGUGGUUUGAGACUUCGCGAAGCCACUGCACGCCAGAUUAAGCCUGUCCACCUGGAGCUUGGUGGAAACGACCCCGCAUACGUGCGCCCGGAUGCAGAUGUGAAGGAUGUGGCAGAGAACCUUGUUGAUGGUGCUGUCUUCAACUCGGGACAGAGUUGCUGCUCGGUCGAGCGUGUCUAUGUUCACGAGAAGAUCUAUGAUGCCUUUGUGCUUGCCGUGCAGGAAGAGCUUAAGUCAUACAAACUCGGUGAUCCCCAAGAUACUACCACAACCACUGGUCCUGUCAUUUCCGCUGUGGCCAAGGAGAAGAUCCAGUCUCACGUUGACGAUGCCUUGUCUAAGGGGGCCGUCAACGCGACUCCAGAGAACGCUACCUUCUCUCUGGCCAAGACUGCCGACAAGGGCAACUGGCUGGCUCCUGUUGUCCUCACCAAUGUGAACCACUCUAUGGUUACCAUGAAGGAGGAGACAUUUGGACCUGUGAUGCCAAUCAUGAAGGUUUCAAGUGACGACGAGGCCGUCCAAUUGAUGAAUGACAGCGAUUACGGAUUGACUGCCAGCGUGUGGACGAAGGAUAUUGCUGCUGGUGAGGAGCUGAUUGAUCGCAUUGAAGCUGGCACAGUGUUCGUUAACCGCUGUGACUACCCGGCUCCGGAUCUCGCGUGGACCGGUUGGAAGAUGUCCGGACUUGGCUGCACUCUUGGACCUCGGGCAUAUGAUGGAUUCACUAAACUCAAGAGCUACCACAUCAAGGGUGUUUCCGCUUAG